AUGAUGUGGAUUUUGGUGGGUCUAUUUAUGGCCACACUAAUGAGCGAGGACGAUGAGGUGUUAGACCAUCCUGUGCUUUCAUGGGAGGUGCAGCCCACCUUUUGGGAGCGCCAGGCGCGAGAACAGCUUUACUUCGCCUCACGCCUGUUCCCUCACUUGGUUCAAAGGCGAGCCAAAAGUGCCAUCUUAUUUCUUGGCAAGGGGCUCACUUCUGGGGGUCUUUCUAGCGGGCGGCUGUACAAAGCAUUUAAGGCAAAGCGCACGGGGGAGGUGAAACGGAUGAGUUUUGAGGUGUGGCCUUUCAGCACCAUGUGCAGGACGUACGAUCUUGAGACCAUGUCAGCAGAUGAGGCCAGCUCUGCCACCGCUCUCUUGACAGGAACGAAGACACGAUCAGGGGUUUUGGGACUAACGGGCGACGUCAAGCGUGGGUCCUGUCACCCGUACACGAAACAUGAGAAAACAAUGUCCAUAUUGAAUGCCGCUGUGGAAGCUGGCCUAGCUACUGGCAUUGUAACCAACACACGCUUGACGCAGGCCCCGUCAGCCGCCAAUUUUGGAUAUGCUACUUCUCAAGGUUCUGAAAAUGAUAUCGAGGUUAAUAGGCAGUGCGACGAAACAACCGACCUCAAUAGCAUGGAUUUGGCCAAACAGUUGGUUCUCGAGCACCCAAUGAUUAACGUUCUGCUUGGCGGUGGACAAGAAAACUUUUAUCCCAACACCUCAUCCCUGCCCAGCGACGCCACACGAAGGGGUUUGCGUGGUGAUGGCCUCUUUUUAACUGACAUUUGGCUGUCUACACUGCGAGACAUGGGUAGGAGCGCUGAAUACGCAGGGAAAAUUUCAGAGUUGCAUGAAAAGGUUCUAACACGACCUGAUUACCUUCUUGGUCUCUUGGCGCCCUCUCAUUUACCCGCUGAAAUAGGUCGUAAGCCGACCGAGCCGGGUCUGGCCAAUUUAACAAAGGUGGCUCUUGAAGUUCUGAUGAAUCAAGGCAAGGGAUAUUUCCUCUUUGUGGAAGGUGGUCCGACUGAUAAAUCCUACGUUUCUGAUAAUUCAAGGCAAGUUGGAUAUCUAUUACAACUAUUUUUGAAACACAGAAGGAUUUUAGAAGAAAUUUUGGCGUUUGAUGAUGCAGUAAAAGCAGCAGUGGAUAUGGUUAAUCUGAGGGAGACACUCAUCAUCGUUGUUGCAUUUCCUUCGCAACGGAUAGAAGACUACCAUGAAUUUAAUCGUUUUAGAAAAAAUCUGCAUUUCUUAGAUAAGGCAAGCACUGCUGGUUCAGAACGAAGUCGGUUGAAUUUCUCUCAAGACGACGGUCGUGGUGGAGAAGACACUGGAGUGUAUGCCAUUGGUCCACUAAGUCACCUCUUCCAUCGAACUAUCGAUGACACCUUCAUUGCACAUGCAAUGAAGUUUGCUCUUUGUCUACCACCUCAUCAUAGGGACAAUACCCGAUGCCGGAUGGUCAGAGGAGAAAUGGGGACGUAUAAGGAGAAUAAGGCGUUCAACGAUUUGAUGAAAUAUUUCUUGACUUUGACCAAGAGCUUCCUGAAUUAA